AUGGAUGAUAAUGAUUUAGGCGAUAUUGGAUUUGAUCCUUAUGAGUUUGCCAAUGUGAUUGGGGAUGGAGAUCAACCCUUCUACCCUGGUAGCAGUAAGUACACGAUGUUGUCGGCUUUGGUGAAGUUAUAUAAUUUGAAAGCAAAACAUGGGAUGAGUGAUGUUUGUUUUACAGAAUUAUUGAUACUUCAAGGAGAUUUGCUUCCAGAAGGAAAUACACUACCUUCCUCUAUGUACGAGGCCAAAAAGACAUUGUCUGCUUUAGGAAUGAGUUAUGAGAAAAUCCACGCAUGUCCCAAUGACUGCAUCUUGUAUAGGAAGGAUUAUGAAGAUUCAACUAAUUGUCCUACUUGUGGUGUCUCAAGGUGGAAGGAAGACAAAGAUUCAAUCUUGAAAGAGGGUGUGCCAGCGAAGGUGGUGUGGUAUUUUCCUCCAAUUCCAAGGUUUAAAAGGAUGUUUCAAUCACAUAAGACAGCUAAGAGUUUGACUUGGCACGCUGCUAGAAAAUCAUUUGACGGUCAAAUGUCUCAUCCAGCGGAUUCCCCGUCUUGGAAACUUGUUGAUGAUAAAUGGCCAGUGUUUGGUAAAGAACUGAGAAACUUGAGAUUGGCUCUCUCAUCUGAUGGAUUCAAUCCCCACAGUUCUUUAAGUAGCAGAUAUAGUUGUUGGCUGGUUAUUUUAGUUACAUAUAAUCUCCCACCAUGGCUAUGCAUGAAAUGGAAGUUCAUGAUGUUGACCUUAUUAAUUUUCGGUCCUAAACAGCCUGGAAAUGAUAUAGACGUCUACUUAGAGCCUUUGAUUGAUGAUUUAAAAUCUCUGUGGGAUGGGAUUAGAGGAGUGUAUGAUGCACAUAUAGGAGAAUACUUUACACUCAGAGGAUAUAAAGCUUGUCCAAUACGCAGUGAUGAUACACCUAGUCACAGGUUGAAAAAUGGCCACAAAAUUUGUUACAUUGGGCAUAGAAAAUGGUUACCAAUCAAUCAUCCAUAUCGGAGGCAGCGUGCAGCUUUUAAUGGGAAACCUGAAUAUGGCACGCCUCCCAAGCCAUUAAACGAAGAAGAAGUGUUGCACAUUGUUGAAGAUAUUAAUUACAUAUGGGGCUCGAAAAAUAGGGGAAGUGUUGGUGAGAAUGAUGGUGACAGAGUUUGUUGGAAGAAGAAAUCAAAAUUCUUUGAUCUCGAGUAUUGGAAAUACCUUCAUGUGAGACAUGUCCUAGAUGUUAUGCAUAUUAAGAAGAAUGUUUGCGAUAGUAUCAUUGGUACAUUGCUGGAGAUCCCUGGAAAAAAUAAAGAUGGGAUUGCUGCUCGGUUAGAUUUAUUGAACAUGGGGGUCAAAACUGAUUUGCAACCCGAGUAUGGACAAAGACGUACUCGCUUGCCUCCGGGGCCUUGGAAUUUGUCAAGAGCAGAGAAGAGAGCGGUUUUGCAAUUCUUUCUAUGGUAUGAAGAUUCAAGACUUCUUGGACUUAAAUCUCAUGAUUGUCAUACCUUGAUGCAACAAUUGCUCCCUGUGGCAAUUCGUUAUGUUUUGGAGAAGCCUGCAAGGUAUGCAAUAACUCGAUUGUGCUUCUUCUUCAAUGCUAUAUGUGCAAAGACGGUGAAUGUUUCCAAGCUAGAUAAGUUGGAAGAAGAUGUAAACCGUACUUGUCCGGAAGGUUGCAUUGCUGAGCGGUAUAUAGCUGAAGAAGCUAUAGAGUUUUGCACCGAGCAUUUAUCUGAAGUUAAUACAGUUGGAGUGCCUUCAAGCCAGAAGAUGGGAGUUUCGAAGCCAUUAUCAGGUUGCAUAGUAAGCUUAGUUGAUCGGGACUUGUUAAACCAGGUACAUUUAUAUGUCUUGGAGAAUAUGGAGGAAGUCCUGCCUUAUAUCGAUGAACAUAUGAUCCACAUCAAGGCCACUUAUCCAAAAUUUAGAAAGAGAACAAUGUGGCUGCAAGAUAAGCACAAUAGCACUUUCAUUCAAUGUCUCCACUUUAAGGUUCAAAGUGAACUUAAUGGGAAACUUAAUGUAGAUAAACAAACGCACACACAUCAUCAACUUCCAAAAAAUUGCCUUUCUAAAUGCAAAUCUAUGGCUGCCGUCGUCAAAUUUUAA